GAGAACGACUCAAGUCUCAAGAGCGUUGCGUUUCUCGUGGUGUUGCAGUAGUUGAGUGACCAUUUCGAAUUGAUAUCAGAUUUAAAGAAUUCAUGUAACCGACUUCCAAAAUAAUACCAUACGUGUCUGUGUGAACGCAAUUGAAUUACAUAAAACGACUUUUAGUAGAUAGCGUGCAAAUCUAAAUAUUGAUGUUAGUUCCGUCUGUACGCGUGUAACAAUGCGAAACGUUCCAGUUAUCUGGUUCCAAUCGAAGUAGACAUAAAAAUUGUAGGGUGACAUAAAUGGCCGCGAAUAAUGUCCAAAUUAUCAAGCAAAAGACCUGUCGGAUCAUCUGACCAUCGACCGCGUUGUCCAAGUGCAAAAUAAUCUGCGAACGAAGAGUAAUACAGCGGCUUUCGUGUGUCCCUGCCAUUUGCUGAUGUCCGUGAGCAACAGUGAUUAUUUACCAUCAGUGAACAAUGACGAUCGACAAGCAGUUAGUAUGGGUCCGGGAGCCGAACGAGGGCUUCGUCCUGGCGCGGCUCCACGAGCUCAUGGGCGAGGAGGCGGACGUGGUGCCCCUGGACAACAAGUACCCGAGGAGGACUUGCAGCUUCGAGGAUAUAUUCCCUGCUGGAGAUCCCAAUAAAGAUGUCGACGACAACUGCGAGCUGAUGUUCUUGAAUGAAGCAACACUCCUGAAUAAUAUCUUGACUCGUUACAAGAAGAACAAGAUAUACACGUAUGUGGCGAAUAUUCUACUGGCGGUAAAUCCUUACAAAGAAAUAGCAGAUCUGUAUUCUUCGAACACGAUAAAAAUGUAUCAAGGGAAAUCUUUGGGACAACUUCCGCCUCAUGUUUUUGCUAUCGCCGACAAAGCGUUCAGAGACAUGAAAGCGUUCAAGCAGUCGCAAUCCAUAAUCGUGUCGGGCGAGUCCGGCGCCGGCAAGACGGAGUCCACCAAGUACAUCCUCAAGUACCUGUGCGAGCUGUGGGCCAAGAGCGCGGGGCCCGUCGAACAGAAGCUACUAGACGCGAACCCUAUCCUCGAAGCGUUCGGCAACGCGAAGACGACCCGCAACAACAACAGCUCGCGCUUCGGCAAGUUCAUCGAGGUGCACUUCAGCGGCGCGUGCAGCGUCACCGGCGGACACAUCUCGCACUACCUGCUCGAGCGCUCGCGCGUGUGUCGCCAGGCGCCCGCCGAGCGGAACUACCACGUGUUCUACCUGCUGUGUGCCGGCGCGCCGCCCCCCCUGCGCACCUACCUGCGCCUCACCAAGCCAGACGACUACUACUACCUCAAGAGCGGCUGCACCCAGUACUUCACUACGCCGGACUCGGAAAAGAAGAUCAGCGCCGACCGCAAGAGUAAAGAUCACCUCGCCAAGGGCGGGCUGCGGGACCCCAUACUUGACGACUAUGAAGAUUUCCAGAGACUUAAUCAGGCGCUGAGUCGCGCCGGCUUGUCGGAGGAGGAGAAGCGCGACGUGUUCGGGGCCGUGGCCGGCGCCCUGCACCUCGGGAACAUCACGUUCGACGAGGAGCCCGGCGCGCGCGGGGGCUGCGCCGUGCACGCACACGCCGAGCCCGCGCUCGCCGCCGCCGCCGCCCUCUUCCACGUCCCCGCCGACAUGCUGCGCCGCGCCCUCGUGUCCCGCCUCAUGCAGAGCGCGCGCGCCGGCCACAAGGGCACCGCCAUCAUGGUCCCGCUGAAGCCGCACGAGGCGUGCAGCGCCCGCGACGCGCUGGCCAAGGCGGUGUACGGCCGCGUGUUCGAGCACGUGGUGCGCCGCGUCAACCGAGCCGUGCCAGCCGUCGCCGCGCCCUACUACGUCGGCGUGCUGGACAUCGCCGGCUUCGAGUACUUCGAGAUGAACAGCUUCGAGCAGUUCUGCAUAAAUUACUGCAACGAGAAACUGCAGCAGUUCUUCAACGAGCGCAUUCUCAAGAACGAGCAGGAGCUGUACAAGCGGGAGGGACUCAACGUGCCCCACAUACAGUACGUCGACAACCAGGACUGCAUCGAUUUGAUCGAGAGCAAGAACCACGGCAUAUUCCACUACCUGGACGAGGAGUCCAAGCUGCCCAAGCCGGAGCCGUCCCACUUCACGGAGUGCGUGCACCGGGAGCUGGGCGCGCACAGCGAGCGCCUGCACGUGCCGCGCUCCUCCCGCCUCAAGGCGCACCGCGAGCUGCGGGACCACGAGGGCUUCCUGCUGCGACACUUCGCCGGCGCCGUCUGCUACAGCACGGGGCAGUUCAUCGAGAAGAACAACGACGCCCUGCACGCGUCCCUGGGCGUGCUCAUGCAGGAGUCGGACAGCGCCUUCGUGCGCGAGCUGUUCGAGGAGGCGGGCGCGGAGCCGGCGCGGGGCCGCCUCGCCUUCCAGUCCGUCGGCGCCAAGUUCCAGGCGCAGCUGGCGCAGCUCAUGGACAAGCUCGGCAAGAACGGCACGAAGUUCGUCCGCUGCGUCAAGCCCAACGGCUCCAUGCGGGGCGGCGCGGGCGAGGGCGGCCUGGUGCUGGCGCAGCUGCAGUGCAGCGGCACCGGCGCCGCGCUGCAGCUCAUGGAGCACGGCUACCCCUCGCGCGCCCCCUUCCUGCACCUGCACCACACCUACGCGCCGCACCUGCCGCACCAGCUCGCCAGCCUGUCGCCCCGGACCUUCUGCGAGGCGAUGGUGCACAGCCUGGGGCUGUCCGACAAGGACUUCAAGCUGGGCGUGAGCCGCGUGUUCUUCCGCCCCGGCAAGUACAGCGAGCUGGACGCGCUGCUGCGCUCCGAGCCGCACGAGCUGCAGGCCGUCGUCAAGAACGUGCUGACGUGGCUCGUCAGGUCGCGCUGGAGGAAGAGCAUCUUCGCUGUGCUUUCCAUUAUCAAAUUGAAGAAUAAGAUAGUGUACCGGCGCUCGUGCCUGGUGCUGAUCCAGAAGUGCGUGCGCGGGCACGUGGUGCGGCGCCGCCACCGCCCGCGCCUGGCCGCGCUGCGCCAGCUCGCCGCGCUGCGACACAACCUGGUCGACAUGCGGCGCGCGCUCGCCAGCCUGCGCCCCGCCCCGCCCGCCGCGCACCCCGCGCUCGACGCGCUGGCCCGCCGGCUGGACGACGCCGCCCGCGCCGUCAAGGACAACGAGCACAUGUCCCGCGAGCAGCUGGACAGCAUGCAGGCCACACUGUCCAAAGAAGUCGAAGUACAGAUGAAUGCGAUACAGAAGGCCGUAGUCGAACAGAAGAACAGGGAGGAACAAGAGAGACUUCGCAAGAUCGAAGCGGAGAUCCGAGCCGCCGAGGAAGCGAAGCGCAUCGAGCAGGAGAAGAUCCGACAGGAGGAGGAGAACAGGAGGCUGAAAGCGGAGAUGGAGGCGCGGCGCAAGGAAGAGGAGCGUCUGCGUCACCAGCAGCCGGCCGACGUCGCCGCUGACGUCAUCGACCCGCUGCAGCAGGACCGCACCGACCGGGACCGGCUGGAGCAGGAGCGCCGGGACCACGAGAUGGCGCUGCGCCUCGCCCGGGAGACCAACGGACACGUGGAGGGCUCCCCGCCGCAACUGCGCAGCUUCCCCCCGGCGGAGGCACUGAACGGAGAGAAUAAGUUGAACAGGUCGGAGCGCGUGCGGCUGCAGCAGGCCGCGCACGGCAAGCAGAAGCACGACCUCUCCAAGUGGAAGUACUCCGAGCUCAGAGACACCAUCAACACCUCCUGCGACAUCGAGCUGCUCGAGGCCUGCAGACACGAGUUCCACCGCCGCCUGAAGGUGUACCACGCGUGGAAGGCGAAGAACGCGCGCAAGUCCACGCUGCACGAGCAGGAGCGGGCGCCGCAGUCCGUCAUGGACGCCGCGAAGAGUCCUCGCGUACUGCAGAAGGGCGAUAUCCUAGGCGCCCGCCACCGCUACUUCCGCAUACCGUUCGUCCGCGGAGGGGCGGGGGGCGACGGCGGCACGCGCGGCUGGUGGUACGCGCACUUCGACGGGCAGUACGUGGCGCGGCAGAUGGAGCUGCACCCCGACAAGACGCCCGUGCUGCUGCGCGCCGGCGCCGACGACAUGCAGAUGUGCGAGCUCAGCCUCGACGAGACCGGCCUCACCCGCAAGCGCGGCGCCGAGAUACUGCCGCACGAGUUCGAGCGCCAGUGGACCGCGCACGGCGGGCCCGCCUACGCGCCGCCGCCCCGCUAGCACAAUUGAUCGUUUCGGAAGAAAUAACAAAGAAAAGUAGUGAUAUGUUCAGAAGACCUUAGCCGCAAUCGAGUACUCGUAGUUACGUCAAUAUUAUUUAUAAGUUGUAGAUUAUCAUUUUCUAAACUAAAACGAAGCGAGCCACAAUGUUAUUUGGAAAUAGCUUUGAGAAUUGUUUGUUUCGUGGGCGAACAAACCGUACGGUAAUAAUGUUGAACUAAAACUUAUUUCGUUAACAAGUGCCUGUGUAUUUUCGACUAAUAAAUAUUAUUUUAAGGGCAUAGGUAACUGGAAUUUGAAUAGCAUCGCUAAUUAGUAAUAAUGUAGUUAAAAUGGAAUGAUAACAAGAGCAGCAGAGCUCCCGGUAGUGCUCGCCCGUGCAGGAUGUGCGAGAACCGAUAUGGUCAUCAUGUCGAGCUGGUGAGCCCGCAAUGUAUCGAGUCUUACAUUGCGUUUAUUUAAAAUUACGAAUUCGAGUGCAUAGUUAUGCUUAAUAAUCAUUCCAGUCAUCUAUAAACAUGACCCGGCACGGAAAAAAAGAACUUAGGUGAAACCUGUUUUUAUUUUCAGGGAUGCUAAAAUAAAAUAUUUUGUCAUCACGCCCAUAAUCAUAAUAUGAAAAUAUAAAAAUGGAAUUUAAUGCUUUACGAUGUGCCUAAACACGUUCCUAGGUGAUAGUGAAAACGUAGUACAAUUAAAUUGCACUAACUUAAUGAUUUACAUAAAAUAUUAUACAUACCUGUUGUAUUUACAUUAGUAUAAAAUAUUAUUUAUUGAUCCCUAUAUACAAAAAUGAAGUGAUAUUUUAAAGAUUCUAUGAAAUUUUAAACAUUCCGUAUCAUAAAAGUUACAAAAUCAAACUGAUGCAUUUAAUGUAUAUUUUAAAGUUCAAAUGAGUUGAUUGAAUAUUAAUUGAAUGUUCAUAUAAAAAUGUAAUGUGAAAUAAACAAAAAUCGAGUGCUGUACAGGCGUGGGGCGGAGGGCCAACUCGGGAGGGACAGAAUAAUUGCAUUUGAAAUCGAUUCACUAAAAUUUGGUCUUGAAAAUAAACCAAUAGAAUGACCGACAAUUUUUUUAGAAUAGUUAUAAGAAUUACAGAGCAUUUAGCUACCUAACAAAUUUUAACAACUAGUAUACACUUGAUUGCUAUUGUGAAUGAAGACCAUUCCCUACGGUCUGCCGCGAAUCAUACUUUUGUUCAGAUACCUCGACCUCAUUAUGUGAAAGCGAAAUCUCCAAAAGUCUUAGGCACUUAACAUCGAAGAAUAGCGUGUUCGUUUUUUCUAUUUAAUAUAAAUACUGUGAUCAGUAAGUAAAUAUGUUAGUAAAAGGCAUUGGUAUUUAUAAAAUCAAUUUUAAUUUAUUUAAACAGAAAAAGCAUUCCUAAAAAGCACUUAUUUUUUAUUAUGCUGUAAUUAUGUUGAGGAAAAAAUACUAUAGUUUACUUUUUACAAAAUCAGAAGCUAGUAGAGUUCAGUGAAACUUUAGUAUUUAAUUAUAUUUAAGUUCAAAAAUAAAUUAUUCCUGUAAUAUUUUGUUUUAAAAGAAAAAUAUUAUUCAAAUCGUUUUCUAAACGUUUUGAAUAAUAUUUUUGUAUUCAUUCAUUUGAUACAUUUAAAUUAAGCAAUUAAAAUCAAAAUGUUUCUCCUGUACUAAGAUAGAUUCAGUUCCCAUUGUCCAUCCUGGUUCGCAGAAGAACAACUUGUGUGAAAAUAUUAUAAACUUGACAAUGUUUUAUUAAUAUCUAAAAAUAGUUUUUGUUGUUUAUUUUCAAGGCUCUUGGACAAUUUAUAGUAAAUAAUAAAAUUAAAGUCCACGCUUUAGAUAUUUUAAAAAAAAAUUAUUUUGUGUCAUUGGUCUACAGUGUGGAUAUUAUGUAAUUUAUUUUAUUUUAAGAAGCAUUUGUUCGAAACUAUAUCGGAGCCUUAACAAUAACUAAGACACAAUAGUUAGCUAAAAGCAAAAAGUAAGAUUCUACAUCCUCCCAAAACAAUUGAGUUUAAAUAUUUUAUUUUAUUAAUUUUUAUGCACUUAUUUUCGCGGAACGAAAUAAUCUUCUACCGCUAUAUUAAAACAAAUUCUUGUGAUCAUAUAGCCAAUCAAACAUGCGACCAAUAAAACAUACUAUAUAUAUUGUGAAAAACUAUUUUAAAAUUCUUAAUUUAAUUUUAGAGAGCUUUUCGUCCUAAGUGUACAGUGCAUGGUUAUUGAAAAGUGGUGUGAGGACUGAUCUGUUAUUUAUUAAAGUAUAUUUUUAUUAACAGUAUUCCAACAUUCCUUAAUAAGUACAAUCCAGUACAACAAGUGGAAGAAAGUGCCUUAUCAUGACCGCAGCUACGUGGCCUGUAUACACCAUGCCUUAUUACCAAAUAAAUGUAAAAUCACUUUAGAA